CCCGGCUGAGCUGUUUGUCUUCUUACCAUGUGGUGUGCUUGGGUAGUGUUACUGGACCUUCUGCAGUUAUUCUCCUGAAAUCCGCAGAACAAACUAGUACUCUUGUUCGCGAAGAGUACUUUAAGUCGAGCUGACGACUUGACGUUCACGGCGAGGGCCACGAUCACAAAAUGAAAUCCGAGGGAAUCGAAGGUUGUGAGAGAUUCUUAAGCCCUGGAAAAGGCCGAGGGGUCAGAGCAACCAAGCAUUUCCAAGUGGGUGACCUGGUCUUUGCCUGUCCCGCAUAUUCCUACGUGUUGACAGUGAACGAGAGGGGGAGCCACUGCGAGUUCUGCUUCACAAGAAAGGAAGGGCUGUCCAAGUGUGGAAAGUGUAAGCAGGCCUACUACUGCAACGUGGAGUGUCAGAAAGGAGAUUGGUCCAUGCACAAGCUGGAGUGCUCUGCCAUGUGUUCAUAUGGAGAAAACUGGUGUCCCUCUGAAACUGUGCGACUGGUCGCUAGAAUCAUCAUGAAGCAGAAAUUCCAGACAGAGCUGACUCAGUCUGAAAGAUUGUUAUCCCUGAAAGAGUUUGAAGCACAUUUGGACAAGAUAGACAAUGAGAAAAACGAGAUGAACCAAACGGACAUUGCUGCACUCCAUCACUUUUAUUCUAAGCAUCUGGAUAUUCCAAGUAAUGCAGCUCUGGCAGAACUCUUUGCCCAGGUGAACUGUAAUGGUUUUACCAUUGAAGAUGAGGAGUUGUCUCAUUUGGGCUCUGCAGUCUUUCCAGAUGUUGCUUUGAUGAACCACAGCUGUAAUCCAAACGUGAUCGUGACUUACAAAGGUACAGUAGCAGAGGUCCGUGCUGUUCAGAAAAUCAGCCCUGGAGAGGAGAUUUUCAACAGUUACAUUGACCUCCUAUAUUCCACUGAGGACAGGAAUGAGAGGCUGAAGGAUUCAUACUUCUUUACCUGUGAUUGCACAGAAUGCACCACCAAAUCAAAGGACAAGGCCAAAAUUAAGAUUCGUCAGAAGCUGAGUACUACUCCAGAGCCAGAAGAAAUUCAGGAAAUGGUGAGGUAUGCCAAGAAUAUCAUUGAGGAAUUCAGGAGAGCCAAGCACUAUAAGACUCCCAGUGAGCUUCUAGAGAUCUGUGAGUUAAGUCUGGAGAAAAUGGGAUCCAUAUUCGAAGACACCAAUGUGUACAUGCUGCACAUGAUGUACCAGGCCAUGGGUGUCUGUCUCUACAUGCAGGAUUGGGAUGGAGCCAUGAAGUAUGGCGAGAAAAUAGUGCACCCAUAUAGUGUGCAUUACCCUCAGUACUCACUCAAUGUGGCGUCUAUGUACCUGAAGCUUGGAAGACUGUACUUGGGACUUGAGAAAAAGCCACAAGGAGUGAAAGCUUUAAAAAAGGCUAUUGCCAUCAUGAAUGUUGCAUUUGGAAAAGACCAUCAUUACAUUGCCGAGGUAAAAAAGGAAAUGGAAGAGCAAAAGUAACUGAGAGGACCUCUGUAAAUUCAAGAAUGGCUAUAUGGCAUGCAACUAAUACCUCUGCUUGCAUACAAAAUAAUGUCUGUUUCUCUUUGUCGUUUUGAGUUUUGUUCUCUUUGUCAUUUUGUUUGUUUUACAAAUGAGUGCUGACUUGGGUCCUUGAUAUUGAGGUGCUGGUUCUGUUAGCUGUCUGUAUACUCUGAAUAAAUAUGCACUGUUUAUGUGAGCAAGGGCUAAUAAUUAAGUAUUAAAUAUAAUUGUCCUUAACGAUUGUCUUAAAGGUACUUCUUUAACUUCUUUGGCAUACCAUGCAUCAACCACACUGUAAAAAUGACUGUUAGCUUGGCCACAGAAUUUACUAAUACCAUAUUUGGAUGAGUAUUUAGCAUGAUUAUAUUAAUUGUCUGGAUAGUGUGGCAGGAAAGAUUGCCUUUGAUUCAUGCCAAAGCGCUAUAAUAUCUGUAAAGCCUACACUACGUCCUUUAACUACUCUUGGCACCACAAAAAAUAUAUAUAUUUUAAUAAAAGCCAUUGGUUUUUUAACAUUUCUUGGGGUAAUGUUAAUGCAUAGAUUUGUCAAUAUGAUUUUUUUUUUUUAACAUAACUGUUAUGAAGUAGACUCAAAAACCAGUAAUAGUAUGUUUGUCAAUGUGUUAUUGUUCAGUAACACACUGACAGACAUGUCUACUAAAAUAACAGAUCAGGUAUAUAGUGGAGGUCCAAAUGCAUGAGACCACUAGUAAAAAUGCUUCUAUUUUGCAUUCUUUUUUUAAUAAAAAAAAAAAAAUCAUUAAAAACUAUAGCAACAACUUAAGUGAAAAGUAAAAUCUUGAGCCCUAUUCGGAUUUUUACACAAUAUGGCCAAAUGUUCUAUUUAUUUUUGCUCCACUGGCAGAAGUAGAUCGCGAAGAAGAUACUCACUCACUUUAUAGCCCAUUGGCUACUUGGCUGGCUAGUUCACACUGAUUUGUACGUUCCCAUUAAAGGUGCUUCCAGUGAAAUUGGCUUUCUUCUUCGUUUUCUUCGUUUUCAUCUCAUCUGAGAUUUCAUAUUUUAAGUCAAAAGUUAUAUUCAUGAAAAAUGUAUCGUUUGCCAUAUCCACUGAUGAUGUCACCAACACUACUUUUAGUAACAGUCUCGAACUAGGAAGUGGAAUUUUAUGUGGUGAAAACACGCACACAAUAAAUAAUAAAUUUGUAUAAAUAUUGAAUAUUAAAGAUGUUGGAUAUUUUCUUUUUUUGUUUGAAAUUUUUCAGAAUUCUGAAACUGUAUUUCUAGUUUUAAAUCUGGUCUCACACGAUUGAACCCCAGUGUAUAACUUACCUGUUCUGAUAUUUUAAUAGUAAAUCUUUUUUUUUUAAGGACUGGAGUCCUCAACAAAAAUCUAUACUCCUUUCUAUCGCUAGUCCUUUUUAACAUCAGGAUGCACACUUUUAUGCUCCGUCAGAAUUGCUACUAUUCUACACUUUUCAUAAGAAAAACUAAUACCAAUUAUGGAAGAAGAAUAGCUAAAGACCUAACUACACUGAAUACCUUGAAUAGAAUAGUCUUUAAACAAAAAAAAAUGUAGCAGCAGAUUUAAAAAAAAAAAAAAAAAAAAAAAAAAAUAGGCCAAAAAAUGCAAUAGUGAAUAUAAAGAAAGACUUGAAACUUCUCAGUAGCAGAAAAAUGUAGGAACUCCAAAGCAGUGAGAAUCUUUGGCAGAUUUGAAAAAAAAAUAA